UUUGCUCUAUUUCUUUUCCUUAAUUCAAAGCUGAGUGCGCUUGUUUGGAAAUUCUGGAACCCUUCUCACUGCAUGUCCCAAAGUACUUAGAGAGAGAAGGGGCAGAGAGAACGGUGGAGAAGAACCCUUGAAAGACGACGCAAGCAUUGUGUAUUUGUGCUUUCGUUGAGUUUGAGUCUUUAGAUUUCAACAGUAUUCACUCAGUGCAGACUCCUAAAUCUAAUGGGGGCUUCAGAUGCAUUUGAAGGCCUUGGCUCAUUGAGGAAUGGAUCAGUUAACAUGGAUAACGAUGAUAUAAUGGAAGGUACUAGUAGCAAGGGAGGUACUAGUAGCAAGGGAGGAGGACUGUCAACUGGACUUGAUUAUAUGGAUACAGAUGAGUCUGAUGGGGACAGUGACUUGGAUGAAUCAAUAAAUGACUUGAGUAAAGAUCUUCUCAAGAAUUUCUUUAAAAAAGCGUCAAGAUCUUUCUUUGACCAAUAUGGACUCAUCAGUCAUCAGAUUAAUUCAUAUAAUGAAUUUGUUGACCAUGGGGUCCAGAGUGCCUUUGAUUCGAUAGGUGAAAUCACUGUGGAGCCAGGUUAUGAUCCAUCCAAGAAGGGUGAAGAGUGGAAAUAUGCCUCCAUUAAAUUUGGGAAGGUCACACUUGAUCAGCCUCGCUUUUGGACUGGUGAGAAAUAUGCAGUUGAUGGGUCCAAAGACUUCGUGGGUCUGUUUCCAAGGCAUGCUCGACUGCAAAACAUGACAUACUCGUCACGAUUAAAAGUACAAGUCCAUGUCGAGGUAUACAUCAAGAAAAUUGUCAGUACUGACAAAUUUACGACUGGGAAAGAGCGAUAUCUGGACAAUCAAAUCAAAUUCAAAGAGGAUAAAGAAAUUAAUAUUGGACGUAUUCCUGUUAUGGUCAAGUCCAAAUUAUGUAGGCUGAAUGGAGUUGAGAAAGGGGAUUGUGAUUUUGACCAUGGGGGUUACUUCAUUGUCAAAGGUGCAGAGAAGACCUUCAUUGCCCAGGAGCAACUAUGUCUGAAAAGACUUUGGGUGUCAUCUAUUCCUACUUGGUCUGUGGCCUACCGUGAAGUUGCAAAGAGGAGAAGAGUUUAUAUUAAACUUGUUGAAGCUCCUCUAAUUGAACACAUUAAAGGAGGAGAAAAGGUCCUCUCAGUAUACUUCUCUGUGACUGAGAUGCCCAUCUGGAUUUUGUUCUUUGCCCUAGGUGUUACAUCUGACAAAGAGGUGGUGGAGCUGAUUGACUGCAAUAUUGAGGAUAAACGCAUAAGAAACAUUCUUAUUGCAUCUAUUUACGAUGCAGACAACAAAUGUGAGGGAUUUCGUAAAGGGAAAAGUUCUCUAACUUAUGUUGAUAGACAGAUUAAGAAUUGCAAAUUUCCACCUCAAGAACUUCUGGAUGAGUUCUUUAAAAAUUAUUUAUUUCCUGAUCUCAAAGGAUUGAAGCAAAAAGCUCGUUUCCUCGGAUACAUGGUGAAGUGUCUAUUGCAGUCCUAUAUUGGUCUUAGGAAAGUUGAUAACAGGGAUGACUUUAGAAACAAGAGGUUAGAGCUAUCUGGAGAACUGCUUGAACGUGAGCUUCGAGUUCACAUUAAACAUGCUGAGAGGCGUAUGGUGAAGGCUAUGCAAAGAGAUCUUUAUGCAGACCGUACGCUUCGUCCUGUUGAGCACUAUUUGGAUGCCUCUGUUAUUACGAAUGGUAUCAACAGGGCCUUUUCAACUGGAACAUGGAUACAUCCCUACAAGAGGAUGGAAAGAAUAUCAGGGGUAGUUGCAACACUGAGGCGCACAAAUCCUUUGCAGGCAAUAUCUGAUAUGAGAAAGACACGUCAGCAAGUUUUAUAUACAGGGAAGGUUGGUGACGCCAGAUAUCCGCAUCCUUCUCAUUGGGGAAAAGUUUGCUUUUUGUCUACCCCAGAUGGAGAAAACUGUGGGCUUGUAAAAAAUCUGGCUAUUACUGGACUUGUCAGCACAAAUAUGACCGUACCACUUGAAAGGAUGUUGUAUGGUUGUGGUCUUGAGAAGCUGAUAUAUGAGACCUCAACCACACUUUCUGACAAGUACAAAGUUUUUCUCAAUGGCAUUUGGGUUGGAGUCUGUAAAGAUUCUGUUUCGUUUGCAGCAAAGGUCAGGUCGAGAAGGCGUAUGAAUGAGGCGCUACAUCAGAUGGAAAUUAAAAGGGAUGAGGAGCAGAAAGAAGUACGCAUAUUUUCUGAUGCAGGAAGAAUUCUACGUCCCCUCAUUGUUGUUAAGAACUUGAAAAAAAUUAAAGAUCUAAAAAAUAAAGAUCAAACAUUUCAGUAUCUUCUGGAUAAUGGUAUAGUUGAACUGAUUGGACCUGAAGAGGAGGAAGAUUGUCAAACUGCUUUGGGGAUCAAGUACCUGUUCAUGGAAGAUAAAGGAAGUAAGCGUCCAACAUACACUCAUUGCGAACUCGACGCCUCAUUUCUAUUGGGUUUGAGCUGCGCCCUUAUACCGUUUGCCAAUCACGAUCAUGCAAGGAGAGUUCUUUAUCAGUCCGAGAAGCACUCUCAGCAAGCCAUUGGCUUUUCUACUACAAACCCAGAUAUAAGAACAGAUACCAAUUCUCAUCAACUAUACUAUCCUCAGAAGCCUCUUUUUCGAACCAUGCUUUCCGAUUGUCUUGGAAAGCCAGGUCAUCCUUUAGGCCAUAACGGAAUUGUGUCCAGGCCUGAAUUUUUCAAUGGACAAUGUGCUAUUGUGUCUGUUAAUGUCCAUCUCGGGUAUAAUCAAGAGGAUUCGAUUGUGAUGAAUCGAACUUCGAUGGAACGUGGAAUGUUCCGUUCAGAACACGUCAGAAGUUACAAGGCUGAUAUUGAAAACAAGGAAUCGUUAGGAUCGUCUGGAAAGAAACCGAAAUUCGAUGAUUUAGUUAGCUUCGGAAAGACACAAAGCAAAAUUGGGCGUGUUGAUAGCCUUGACGACGAUGGGUUCCCUUAUAUUGGAGCAAGUCUCCAAAGUGGCGAUAUUGUAAUUGGAAAAUUUGCGGCAUCGGGUACAGAUCAUAGUAUAAAGCUUAAGCACACUGAAAGGGGUAUGGUUCAAAAGGUUGUCUUAUCUGCUAAUGAUGAAGGGAAAAGUUUUGCAACAGUAUCUCUGAGACAGGUUCGAACUCCAUGUCUUGGAGACAAAUUCUCCAGCAUGCAUGGGCAGAAGGGUGUUCUAGGAUUUCUGGAGUCACAAGAAAAUUUUCCCUUUACAAUUCAAGGAAUUGUUCCUGACAUCGUCAUAAACCCUCAUGCAUUUCCGUCUCGUCAAACUCCUGGUCAACUGCAGGAGGCUGCUUUGGCAAAAGGAAUUGCCUUGGGUGGCAAGUUUCGAUAUGCCACUCCCUUUUCGACCCUUUCUGUUGAUACUAUAACCGAGCAACUGCACAGUGCGGGAUUUUCAAGGUGGGGAGGAGAAGCGGUAUACGAUGGCCGAAACGGCUUAAAAGUAAACUCACUCAUAUUCAUUGGCCCCACAAUGUACCAACGUCUAAUCCACAUGGCCGAAGACAAAGUGAAAUUCCGCAACACAGGUCCAGUCCAUCCGCUAACUCGACAGCCAGUCUCAGACCGAAAGCGAUUCGGAGGAAUUAAAUUCGGUGAGAUGGAACGCGACUGUCUCAUAGCCCACGGUGCAUCUGCCAAUCUCCACGAGCGUCUCUUCACUCUAAGCGACUCAUCUCACAUGCACAUUUGUGGGAAGUGUAAGAACGUAGCGAAUGUGAUUCAACGUGCAGUUGCUGGUGGAAACAAGAUCAGGGGUCCCUAUUGUCGGUUUUGCGAGUCCGUUGAAGAUAUCGUGAGGGUAAGUGUACCCUAUGGGGCUAAGUUGUUGAGUCAGGAGCUCUUCAGUAUGGGUAUUUCUCUCAAGUAUGAAACUGAGCUUUGUUGAGCUGAGUCAGAGAUUAAAAACAAGAAGGGGUUUUUGGUUUUUGGAUUUUGGAUUUAGUGUUUAUGUUUUUAUCUUAUUUCUGCUGCAAACUUUAGUGUUUUGUUUGUAUAUAAAACAGAAAAAACCUGACUUUUGUUAAAGGCUUGGUAUUGCCUUUGCUCUGAACACCCCCCCUGGUAGAUGAAGAUGUUUAUUUUGAAUGUUAAAACUUUCUUUUACUUUUAAAAACAGCUUCAAUUUUGUUUGA